AUGUGCAUAACAGGGUCAAGCAGCGUGGGUGAAGCCCGAAGUCCCGCAAGUAAUCAGUCCUUCCAGGAACGAAGCAGUCAAGAAGCUGUAGGUUCUUCUGGGACAAAGAAAAUUGAAAAUGCUUGCAGAGCCCUCAUACCAGAAAUGGAGAGUCUUUCCAAGAAGCUUGAUUCUGCAGAAAAUAAAGGGAGGGAAAUGGGGACCAAUGCAAUGGAAGAUAUGCCUUGUGUGUUUACGAAAGGAGAUGGCCCUAACGGGAAAAGAGUGGAUGGCAUUCUGUACAAGUAUGGUAAGGGCGAGGAAGUAAGGAUAAUGUGCGUCUGCCACGGCAGCUUCCUCUCCCCUGCAGAGUUCGUGAAGCAUGCAGGCGGCAGUGAUGUUGAUCACCCUCUCAGGCAUAUAGUGGUAAACCCUUGUGGUCCGUCCUUUGUAUAA